GAUGAUUUGUACUUGGAAAUGUGCGCGGAAGCGUAUUGAACAAACGAUCGCUAAGAAAAUAAUAAAAAGUGUAAAAUAAAUCAUACAAAAUAACGUGUUCUGCGUUUAAACAAAACAAAAAGCGAAACAACGUGCUAAGAAAAAUAUUUUUUCUGCAAUUAAUCAUCAUUCAAAGCCGUUAAACUGAAGCUGCAAAAGAAAAUUGAAAAACUCAAAACGACAAAACGUUCGAAAGAAAGAAAAUGUGACAGUGGUAAUUACGAGUAUUACGGCGACUUCGACGACGACGACAACGACAACGACAACGGAGGGCACGACCACUGCAACAGUUGUGGCGACAAUGUGUCGCAUUUGAUCAACUCGCGAAAGUGCAAAAUUGUUAGUAGCGACAUGUCCGCCACAACGCGUCCACCGCCCUCUCCAGCCGCUACACCACUCUACGAUGGCUAUGCCACCAUACGUUCGCGUGGCCUCUAUCGUGCUCAUUCAAUACGUGCCGCUGAAUUGGAAGCAGAACUCAACGCUGCCGAUGCGAAGGUCAGCAGCAGCUCCACGGACAUGCGUCGGCCAGCCAUGGUGGAGCGACGGCGCACACUCUCACUGAAAAGCGAUUAUAGCCAGUGUUCUUGUUGCUCGGGCAACAGCGGAAUUUGCCACAAUACUCAGCGCUUGGGUAGAGCUAAUAGCACUACAAAUAGCAGCGGCAGCACAAAUACACCGAGUGUGGUCGAGGAAAUCUACGCAACUCGUCCAGUCGCGAAGGCAGUGAAAACGCCAACAAUCGGUGAUUUGGAACCACUCUACGCUAGCUCACAUGUGCGCGCCACUGGUUUUCGCCCACUCUCAGAUGCGUCUUCCUCAUCAGGUGGCGGCGGCAGCAAUGGCGGUGGCGGCUGUCGCGAUAGUGUCAUUGGCUCGACUGGUUCGGGCAGCAUUGCUGUCGAAUAUCACAGUUUGAAAAAGAAUUCACGCUUCUCCUUAGAUUCGCUGCAGAGCAGCGCCACACCGAAAACACCAGACUACACCACUGCCGAGGAGGAGAACAUCUAUUUGUAUACCGCUCCCGAUAGUCCGAAACGACGCUUGGAUAGCACAAGCACGCGCCAUUCUUAUGGUGACUCGGAACGCUGCUACUCGCCAAUUUCUACAAAAAACUCCUUCGAAAUGCAGGAUUACUCUAUUAUCAGUGGUCGCACAUCAGGUGACUUUACACCCUCCAAAAUGCGUCGUUCUUCGACUCGCAGCAACACUUCCCAGACCAGCUCACAAUACAGUCGCGCCAAAUCGCUAAUUGAGAGCGCACGUCCGUCCACUUUGAUGACAAGCUCUUACCAUCGCAGUGAAAGCGAGAGCCCGACAUAUGCCAGCGGUCGUCCAGCGCUGUCGCCGAGCGCGCCACCUACGCCUGUGCGACGCGAAAGCCUCUACGCCAAACCAAAGAUUUAUGCCAUGCCUACGCUAACGGUACCAACAACCGCGCAGUCUUCACACUCACGUCCGACUAGUCCGUGUCAGAGUGCGACUAAAUCACCACUAAGCUCGCCCCCUAACAACGCCACGUAUCAGCUACAAAUGCCAACGCUCUCAACGCCACAGCGCAGCACUAGCGCCGAAAUACUCGAACGUUCGCACACUAGUCACAGCCUUAACACCAUCGAUCAGGAUGAUAUACCAGCCGUGCCCAGUGCCAUGCCCGUGCUGCAGAAUGCCGUCGAUCGGCGUUAUCAUACCUUGGGGCAUAUGCGCGUGCAAAGUAUGGGUGCAGGAUUGUAUCGCUCGUAUGACUCCUCGCCUAUGGGAUCCAUGUUGAAUAUGAUGAGUGGCGCCUACUACUCGGUAUAUGCUGGGGGGCGUCAACACCACUCGUUGCUGCAUGCGAAUAAAUCUGCUGGAAAUAUCUAUGCAUCUGCGGAUGAUGCUGUGGCAGAUCUGAAUCGACUGGCGCCAGAGUAUAUAGAUCCGUUGGACUUUAAAAUAGGCUGCCAAACGACGUUGCGCAGCAAGCCGGUGAUACCUUGGUAUGAGUUGGCUAUAAAGAGAGACAUGAAGAGGCAGUCUUGUCCGCCGAUUACUGGCAGUGGAUUAACCAACAGCAGCAAUACGCUCAGCAUGAGUCGCAGCACCGAUAACAAGGCUCAUGUGGUCGCCGCUUUCGAGCAAUCGCUCUCCAACAUGACGUCACGCCUACAGCAGCUGACCGCAACCGCCGAGCGCAAGGAUGGCGAGCUGACUGACAUGCGUCAAACAAUCGAAUUGCUGCGUAAGCAAUCUAUUCAGGCGGGUCUUACAUCGGCGCAUAUGCAAAGCAUGGGCGUGCAGACACAGCAGAACGAGCAACAACUACUUGCGCGCACGGCUAUCACACAGCAACCGGUGUCGAAUCAGAAUGGUGCCAGCAAUGGUACCGCCUCAUCGACGCCUUCAUCUACAGCUGCUGGUGGUGGUGUUAUGCAACGACAUCACAGCUCUGAUUCGAUGUGCUCGCUAAAUUCGAUUAGUUCCGGCUGUUCGGCACAGGAUAAGAAGCAAAAGAAGAAGGGUUGGCUACGCAGUUCCUUCACCAAAGCAUUCUCGCGUAAUGCCAAAAUUUCGAAGACUAGUCGACACGCCGGGCAUCAUCAUAUGAGCGCGGGCAGCGGUAGCAACAGCAUUGGUGGUCAUGCAACACAUGGCAUGCAUGCAGAGAGUAGCGCUGUUUACAACAAAGCUAAUGGUCAUAGUUACGCAGAGCCUAUUGUGGGCUUGGCCGCCUUGGCAACACAACCUGCGCCACCAAUGCCCACAGCCAAUGCAUCGCCCACCAAAGGUAGUCCAGCGAAGACUGUAAUGCUGAUAGACAAUGCGAAACCGAUUGAUGCAAUCGAUCACGACGAUCACCAGGUUGUAGAGGACCUCAAGAAGCAGCUGCGGGAAAAAGACUUGGUGUUGACCGAUAUACGCUUGGAGGCAUUGAGUUCUGCGUCACAGUUGGAGAGUCUGAAGGAUACCGUAAAUAAAAUGCGCGCUGAAAUGAUGUCGCUUAAACAGAAUAACGAGCGGCUGCAAAAGUUGGUCACCAGCCGUUCACUGGCGGGCUCUGAAGCGUCGUUGGGAAAUGCCAUAAGUCCGAGUGGUUCUAUAGGGGAAACGCGUCGUUAUUCGUUAGCGGAUGCCAAUGCGCGUCCACCAAUGGAGUUGCCAAAACGUUUGGAUGAAGAAGUCGAGGAGGAAAACAUUCCACCAGCACCCGCACCCGAACCACCACCACCACCACUUAGUCCCGCAACGCAUAUCGACCUUACACCACCGCCACCCGCACUCGACACAAUUCCUAGCCCCGCACAUAUUGCAGCCGCAGCGGUUGAGGAAUUGCCCGACGUCACCGAUGGCAAGAAAAUUGCUAUCGCCUGCUAUUUGGGACAGCCCGAGUCAUUUGUCAAAUACUGCGAGGAGAUGCUGGAGGCCGAUGAAUUUUAUGCAAAUGGCAUAGAUGCGGAUGGCAUCAGCGAACGCAAGUCGUUUCCCACGGCCAGUUUGAAUGAGUUUGUUGUCGCAUACACCUACAUUUCGGGCAAGACAACCUGGCAGAAUUUGGACUAUAUCGUGCGCAAAACUUUCAAGGAUUAUGUGUCGCGCAUUGAUCCAGGCACCAAUUUGGGUUUGAAUACAGACUCGAUCACAUCCUAUCACUUGGGUGAGGCGAAGCGUGGUCCGGAGAUGGGUUUCCCCGAAUUGCUGCCCUGCGGCUACAUCAUCGGCAAUGUACGCACACUAUAUAUUUGUCUGCAAGGGGUGGGCAGUCUAGCGUUUGACAGCCUCAUACCGCGCAGCAUCGUACACCGCUAUAUCAGUUUGCUAACCGAACAUCGGCGGCUAAUCUUGUGUGGACCCAGUGGUACAGGAAAAUCCUACUUGGCGCGAAGAUUGGCAGAGUUCUUGGUGGCGCGUUCCGGACGCGGAAAUCCCUCCGAGGCGAUUGCAACGUUUAACGUUGACCACAAGUCUUCAAAGGAGCUGCGUCAAUAUCUCGGCCAUAUUGCCGAACAGGCAGCCAUUGCUAAUGGCGCUUCUGAACUGCCAUCUGUGAUCAUUCUGGAUAAUCUGCAUCACGCAUCUGCUUUGGGCGAUGUCUUCUCCUGCUUGCUGAGCGCUGGCCCAGCUGGAAAGCUGCCUUGCAUUAUUGGCACAAUGUCGCAAGCUACAUGCAAUACAACCAAUCUGCAGCUGCAUCAUAAUUUCCGAUGGGUACUCACUGCCAACCAUAUGGAGCCGGUUAAAGGCUUCCUCGGUCGUUUUCUGCGUCGUCGCUUAUUCCAACUCGAAUUGCAGACUGGUCAUCCUCAGCCUGAAUUAGCGACGGUGCUCGCUUGGUUGCCCACCGUUUGGCAGCAUAUAAAUCGCUUUUUGGAAGCGCACAGCUCUAGCGAUGUAACAAUCGGACCACGCCUUUUCCUCGCGUGUCCGUUAGAUUUGAAAGACUCCCAAGUAUGGUUCACCGACAUCUGGAAUUAUCACCUUUCACCUUAUUUGGUCGAGGCUGUACGCGAAGGGGUACAAUUAUAUGGACGACGUGGUGGCGCAUGGAAUGAUCCAUCUAUUUUCAUACGCAACUCCUAUCCAUGGCCAUAUGGUCCCGAUUCGGUGCCACCAUUGCGGCAAAUAAACGCCGAAGAUGUGGGAUUAGAGGGUGUGACGGUCAGCAAUGGCGACAAUCCAGAUCCACUGUUAAAUAUGCUCAUGCGUCUGCAGGAGGCUGCCAACUAUUCCGAAAAUCAGGAACAGGAGUCCGAUUGUGCGAGUUUAGACUCGAAUGUAACGCCAGACAGCUCGGCAGGUGCUGAGUAAAAAAUUUGGUUGGCUUGCGUUGGCGAGCUGUAAGCUCAAAGUAAAACUAAUCAAAUAUGUACUAGAAUUACCUAUCUAACUAUCUAACCAGGACAUAAUCGCUUCAACUCAAAUAUUCAUGUG